CCGCCCGCCAUGAGCGGCCCCUACCCGGACGCGGAGGGCUGCGCCGAGCGCUCCGACUGCAAGAGCAGCAAGUCGCCUACGCUGCUCUCCUCCUACUGCAUCGACAGCAUCCUGGGCCGCCGCAGCCCCUGCAAGGUGCGGCUGCUGGGCGCCGCGCCCGCCCCGCCGCCGCUGCCCGCCCGCCCCGCCGACGACGCGGCCGCGCAAGGCUCCCCCAAGGGCAGCCCCCCCUUCGAGGCGGCCGAGCUGCACCUGCCGCCCAAGCUGCGCCGGCUCUACGGGCCGGGCGGGGGCCGGCUGCUGCCGCCGGGGGCGGCGGGCCCGGCGCGGGGGGACCGGCCCGACGGGCGGCCGGAGGGGGGCGCCGCCGCCGCCGCCCCCUGGGACACGCUGAAGAUCAGCCAGGCGCCGCAGGUCAGCAUCAGCCGCAGCAAGAGCUACCGCGAAAACGCGCCCUUCGCGGCGCCGCCGCCCGCCCUCGACGAGCUGGGCCCCGCCGCGGCGCACGUCGAGGAGCGGCCGGGCCCCGCCGCGCCUCCCGCCGAGGAGGAGGAGGACGACGAGGACGAAGAGAUGCUGGAGGAGGACGACGAGGAGGAAGAGGAGCUGGAGGACGACGAGGAGGAGGAGCUGCUGGCCGAGGACGGCGGCGCGCUCCUCAAGGAGGCCCGUCGGGGCGCCGCCGCGGCCGCCGGUGCCGAGGGCGGCGAGCUGUCGCCCAAGGAGGAGCUGCUGCUGCACCCCGAGGACGGCGAGGGCAAGGACGGCGAGGAGAGCGUGUGCCUCUCGGCCGGCAGCGACUCCGAGGAGGGGCUGCUCAAGAGGAAGCAGCGACGCUACCGCACCACCUUCACCAGCUACCAGCUGGAGGAGCUGGAGAGGGCCUUCCAGAAAACGCACUACCCCGACGUCUUCACCAGGGAGGAGCUGGCCAUGAGGCUCGACCUGACCGAGGCCCGAGUGCAGGUAUGGUUCCAGAACCGUAGGGCUAAGUGGCGGAAGAGGGAAAAGGCUGGGGCUCAGACACACCCCCCAGGUUUGCCUUUCCCUGGUCCCCUGUCAGCAACUCACCCCCUCAGUCCAUACCUUGAUGCUAGUCCUUUCCCUCCUCAUCACCCAGCUCUAGACUCCGCCUGGACCGCCGCCGCCGCCGCCGCCGCGGCCGCCGCCUUCCCCAGCCUGCCGCCGCCGCCGCCCGGCUCCGCGGCGCUGCCCCCCGGCGGGACCCCGCUCGGCCUCGGCACCUUCCUGGGCGCGGCCGUGUUCCGGCACCCCGCCUUCAUCAGCCCCGCCUUCGGCAGGCUCUUCUCCACCAUGGCCCCCCUGGGCAGCGCCUCCAGCGCGGCGGCGCUGCUGCGGCAGCCGGCGCCGGCCGCCGAGGGCGCGGUGGCCUCCGCGGGGCUGGGGGACCCGGCCAGCGCCGCCGCGGACCGGCGCGCCUCCAGCAUCGCCGCCCUGCGGCUGAAGGCCAAGGAGCACGCCGCGCAGCUCACGCAGCUCAACAUCAUCCCCGGCAGCAGCACGGGGAAAGAGGUGUGCUAAGGCGAGGCUGCGGGUCUGGUGGGGUGUUUUUUUUUACAAAAAAAAAAAAAAAGGAAAAAAAGGAGAAAAAAGAGGGGGGAGAGUAAAUACGCGGAUAAAUAAAGGUCACCUCGGAUAGCACGACUCAAGACCAAAUUAGAAAGAAAAAGAAAAAAAAGAGGACCAGCGGCUAAGACUGGGGUAGGUUCUCGAGGCAGGAACUGGAAGACAGCGAGAGCCUUUUGCAACAGCCCUCACACGAGUGAACCGACACUUGCAAGCUCCUGAAUAAGCAAUUCCUUGGCUGGUGCAUUUUUUUAAUGUACGACGUGUUAAUUUCCUCUCUGAGCAUUAAGCAAAAAAAAAAAAAAAUGCCCUAAUAAAAUUUAUUAUAUAUUAGCGUUACGUACAUUAAAUAUUUUUCCUUCUGUUCAUCUGGCAAGAAAAAAAAGAAAAACAAAUAGAAUUGUAAUUAAGAAAGAACGAAAAGCAAAGGAGGGGGGAAGGUACUCACAUCUUCUUAAGGAUGUUAAGUUAGUCUAUUAGGAGCACUGGAGAACUAUUUUACAUGUUAAUGCGGCGAGCUGCGUAUUAUAACCAAGGAUGCUGCCAGUGCAGAGUGACAGUAAAUUUGAUGCUGUAAGAUAACCAGUGCACUUAAGGGAAGGGGUAUAUCUUUUUCUUGUUAUAUUCUUUAUCACUACACCAACCAAGGUUUUUAUAUCAAACCAAAGGGAAAUACACUGCUAGAAUAUGGACUGUUUAAGUCACUAAACUGUGAUUAUUGAUUCUGUACAUACCAUUGUUAUAAAAAAGAACAGAGCUUUGUAUAUUUGAAAUGUUAUAAAACAAUUGCACUCAGUGUAGUGUUGUAAAAGUUUGUCAUUCUGUAGAUUCUUACUGUGUUGUAGAUAUAAUAGGGUUCCUAGACAAAUAUUUAUGUACAAACCCUUUAUUUAACUUAUUAACUGUAGAGGUUUCUGAAACCCUCAAGAGGCGAUGGUACCGUA